GAAAGAAGCGGUUCCUGUUGAACUCGGAUAUGAAUCUGUGUGUUACGAGGCUGAAAGGCGCCGAGCUGAAACCUGCGUCCGUUAUUCUGACCGGUAAAUAUCCACCGACUCGACAGUCCUUCCUCAGGCUCCGGGACUCACCGGGAGUCUGUUGAGUCCGGCACCGCUGCAGUUCCGGUCAUGGCGGCGGCGGCGGCGGCGCGGCUCCUCCGCACGUCGGUGACGUUGAAGAGGACGCGUCACAGCUGCUGUUUCCCAAAGAGUUUGAGAGCGCUGAGACUCUGCUGAACUCUGAGGUCCACAUGCUGCUGGAACACAGGAAGCAGCAGAACGAGAGCGCCGAAGAUGAGCAGGAGCUGUCCGAGGUCUUCAUGAAGACUCUGAACUACACGGCCCGGUUCAGCCGCUUCAAGAACAGAGAGACCAUCACGGCUGUCCGCAGUCUCCUCCUGCAAAAGAAGCUUCAUAAAUUUGAGUUGGCCAGUUUGGCAAAUCUGUGUCCUGAGGCUGCUGAAGAGGCCAAAGCCCUGAUCCCCAGUCUGGAGGGUCGGUUUGAAGACGAGGAGCUACAACAGAUCCUGGACGACAUCCAGACCAAGAGAAGUUUCCAGUACUGAGUCCAAAUCCAGGACCAGGACUGCUUUCUGGUCUCUGCACUUCCUGGUUCUACUGGUGGACUUGAGUCUCGGUCCUGUUCUGACCAGCAUCAGGCCCCUGUCCUUUCUACAGAAUUUUACUUUACAUCCAGGAUGACUGAACUGAGCUGAUGUGUAGUUAUAGGAUCUGAUGUGAUUUGGACGGAUCAGUUUUUUUUUGGUCUCUGUGUUCACUGUGCAGCUCAUCAUUCCCACUACUGUCACAAUAAACUUUGAUUUGUCUUUUUUUACACAA